AAUAGUCUGCAUAUUUUGCCUCAAUAUUACAUAACUUUCAUUUAUCCCAUAUUAAAUUCGUAAACGAACUAUUGCCUGCUAUUUUACAAGUUUAGCAGCCAUUGCCACAUUGGCUUUCAAACCCUCUACUGGUUGUAAACACUGCUAGGUGAUUGCUGUAUUGCUAAGUAAAUAUUUAAUAUGGUGCAUUGUAAUUGUAGUAUAAACUGCACCUAGCUUUCCGUGCUUUAUAGGACUCGCAUACAAUAUUUUGCAAAUUGUUUAGAAAUGAAAAUUACUUUUGUAGUUGUUAUGUAAAAGCUACUAAAGGAUAAACACUAAUAGUACGGCACCUCUCAAACUUUUAAGUCAUUCCAUGUCAGCUGUUCCUGGAAGGAAAACGCAAAAUUAAUUCUAAAGUCACAUCCGUGUCGUAUUUAAAAUGUUUUAAAAUUUAAAUAUGGUUGUAAGUGGUGAAUAGUGGUAUAAUUAUAAGUUGGUUUAUCCGAUAUACUAUAUGUAUGUGACAGCAUAAUUGUUUCAAGUGCCAGCUUUAGUGGUGAAAAGAGAAGUUGCAAAAUAAGUUGCGAAAUGUCUCACAUGUGCUAUUCUAAGUUUAGUGGCAAUGCAAUCUAGUAGCUUCUAAAAUCUAAAAUAUGCAAGAAGUCUUAUAGCAAAUCUAUAUAUUAAUAAAUAAAAGGUUAUUUGACAGAAAUCCAACAGAGUAAAUAGAAAGUUAUUUGACAGAAAUCCAACAGAGUCCUUUCAGAGUGUGUCUGGUUGUUGCUAAUAUUUAAUGGCAUUAUCAUGAAGCUGCUAAAAAAUCAAGAACUUUCUGCAGGUGAGGCUUUUUAUUUCAAUGUAUUGUUAUUAUAAAUAAUUUUUAACCCUCUUUUAAGCUUUUUAACCGUUUCUUUUUAUAUUUUCUUGAUUGCAAGAAGAACAUUUCUAUCAUAGACUUUCGGAAAAUGUUUGAUGGUAACAUGAAAAGUUAUAAAGCAAUUAUCUAGCUGAUUGAUACCACCAAAAUUUUGUUAGUAGUUUUUCUUGAUUAUUUAAACUGCUGGCUCCAGCGUUUUUUAUUUCAAUACUGGUAUUUAUACAGCUGUUCGAACAGCAGACUCACGAUAAACGUUUUUGUUGAAAAUACAAGAAAACACUUACUUAUAGUAAUGGGGACAGCUUGGUAUAAAUCAGUGAAAAAUGUGCUUUAAUUCAGAUAUAUUUUAAAACAAUUAUGUAUGUAUGUACAAGCGAAAGCUCUGAGUGCAACAUUUAGAUUAAAUAUUUCUUUUGUCAUUUUACAUAAAACAAAAAGGUUAAAAAGUGCUUAAUGUAAUUACAAAAAAAAUCCGCUUAAACGCAACUCGAAUAUAAAAAUAUAUGAAACAGUUGCUCGAAAACUUUUUAUGCAAUUUCCAUUCAAUAUUUUCGUUUUCGAUUAAACAAAAGCACAAGUAAAUAAUACCAUUUAAACAAAAUGCAAAAGCAACUCAUACAAAAUUUAUAAAUAUUUCAAUUGUUCGGCAUAAAAUCACACGUUUACUUUAUUGCGUUAACAGUCGCCGGGUAAAAAGUGAGCCCACAGUAUCAGCGCACUAAAAAUGAAUUUCUUAAUAUUUACAAUAUUUUUAAUUGUAUACAGCUACAAUGCUGCCGCACAGCGUUGUGUACCGCUAGCCAGUUCCACUUGCACCGGAGCAGCUAACUCAGGCACAACUGGACCCGGUUGUUUAGCCGGCACUAGAUGGGCGUACGAUCCAACCAACAGGGUAUGCACUGCCUUUACUUAUCAAGGCUGUGGUGGAAAUAGGAAUCGUUAUUGUUCGCGUGUGGUGUGUGAAAGCAGAUGUCGUCGUACUGCUAGUCCGAGGGUUGUUGUUGGUUGAAUAAAUAAAUAAAAAAUUUAUAAUAUUACUAUUCUAGUUAUAAAUGCU